UGCUGGGAUCUCUCUCUCAUUCGGUGCUCGUGUUUUUCUCCUCCCUCUUUCCCCCAUUGCGACGGUGAAUAAAAAAAGGGAUCUCUAUCCCUCAGCCAUACACACGUUAACCCUUGUAUCGAGUGCGCGGAAAUUCACGUAUCGUAUUUCACCGUUGAGGCAUCUACGAUAAGUUCCUUACAUUUCCUUAUUUAUUAUUUUUACCCCUCGGAGCUCUCGUUUAUGUGCGAUAAGAAGGUGGAAUAAACGAUUUGAGGAAGACGUUAGGGAGUGAAUAUACACCGGGAGAAUUUUAUUGAAUUACAACGAGAGGAAAUUGUAGAGUCGUGUCAGUUUACAACGAUAUUUGAGUUCAUUUCACUUCCACUUCUAUUUUCACGGAUGGAAGUUAAAAAGGACGUGAGUGGUGCUGCACGGGGAUGAGUGAAUGAUUGCCACGAUUUUUACGAUUAAAAUGCGAUGACAGGAGAGUUGGCGGGCGCAAUGAUUCGCCACAACCCGGAAGUUAAUAUUUCAAUAACUCGGAAAAACUAAUUAAAGAGGGGAAACCGUUGAGGGCUGGACAUAUCAUGUGUAACACGACAACAACAGUGAAAAUAAUCGCUGCCACAUUGGCACUGUACUGGUGUUUCUCCAGCUGCACGUCGGAGGAGCAGAUUAAGAAUGCUUCCGCUCAAUGCGCUAUUCCACUUGGUAUGGAGGAGGGGAAAAUACCGGAUGAUGCUAUUUCAGCAUCGUCCAGUUAUGAAACUAAAUCUGUCGGACCACAGAAUGCUAGAAUACGACAGGAGAAAAAUGGUGGUGCUUGGUGUCCAAAGGCCCAAAUCAGCUCUGGAAUUCGGGAAUACCUCGAGAUAGAUUUAACAAGAGAUCACCUGAUCACCUGGACCGAGACCCAGGGUAGAUUCGGUAAUGGUCAGGGUCAGGAGUACGCUGAAACAUUCUACCUGGAGUACUUCCGAGAAUCGAAAUGGCAUUCUUACACGACACUAGCCGGUGAAUCCAUCCUCCGAGGCAACACCAACACGUACCUGGUUGAAAGACAGAAGCUCGAGCUGCCAUUUGUGGCUAGCAGGGUGAGAUUCGUACCCUGGAGCCAGCACCCCAGAACAGUGUGCAUGAGGGUGGAGAUUUAUGGUUGUGUCUGGGAACAGCGAGUGAGAAUGUACAAAGCAUCGAGACCAGCGACUUCUGGUCCCGGAGGUACAAACGUAGAUGACAAUUCGUACGAUGGAAAAUUAGACAUUAAUGGGGACUAUCUGAUCAAUGGAAUAGGACAAUUAGUGGAUGGAAGCCUCGGGGAGGAACCCCACAGCUCCUCAACUCUGGCCCACUGGGUCGGCUGGACCAAUCUCCAUCCAAUAACAAUCAUCUUCGAAUUCACUGAAAUUCGACAAUUUGAAAAUUGCACUAUUUAUGCGGCGAAUUCACCAGUGCGCGGCAUCGAAGUGCCAAAAUUCAUUCGCAUAUCGUUCUCGGUGGAUGGCGAUGUAUAUGAAAGCCCGACGAUCGAUAUGCAUGUCGAGGAGAGAUCCGUUUAUUCACCCGGAAUCAUUCCAGUAUCUGUGCCACUGCGCUCGAGGAUAUCAAAGUUCGUUAAAUUAGAGAUGGAACCCCGCUCAAAGUGGCUUCUACUCAGUGAAGUCACAUUCACCAGCAUUUCAGGAUUGGAAUCGAAUACCAGCCAAGAGACGCAGGACGAAUCACUCCAGUCUGAGAAUUACGAUCGUAAAAACGAUUCACUCAUUUACGAUGGUAAUUACCAGCAGAGUCCCGACUUGAAUUACACGGAUCCGGAGAUAAAUGCUAAUAUAACGCCAGAUGCAUUUCCGGUGAGUCCACAGUGGUCUCAGACGUACAUCGGUUUGGUGAGUGGUGCACUGACUGUGGUUGCUCUGCUGCUGACGUGCAUGGUACUCCUGAUGAAGCUCCGAGGACGUAAUAAGGUAGCACUACUGCAAAAACACACGGCGUUAUUAUGUGGUACAUCAGCUCCAGGUAUAACAAUAAAUGUCAAGGAUAUUAAGCUGCCAACGCCGAUAGUGGUCAACGGGAGUCAAUCGAGUCGUUUAGCUGGAUUUGCCGGGAGUCUCAAGGGUACCAUCGGCCGAUCUGGAUCUGUAUCGAGUUAUGAUGCAGCUGUCAAUCGUGAUGCUGCUGUCAAUAGUGACAGGGAAGGACACCAGACACCUGGACACCGGGAUGUCAAUGAGUACGAGCACUGCAGUGUUUACGCUGAAAAAACUUACAAGCUACUCUUCCCCGACGAGCGUUUCUCAGCGUGCAAGACGGAUUACGCUGAUGUCACCGAGUUUAACAAUGAAACAGUGGCACUGCAUAUGGAACAGGAGAAGGAUCAACAUGCUGAGAGAACACCCCAGACACCCUACACUCAUAAAUCGAAAUAUUCGCAUGGGCAUUCCUCGAAGAGCAAGGUUUAUGAGGGAUAUUAUGCUGCCACUGAUAUUCUCACGAUAAAGAGACGAGAGCAGCACACUGAAUCGAGUUUAUUUACUUCGUAUUUUAUCGAGGAACGUCAUAACGUCGAGGUACAGGAGAUUCAUCACAUAUCGAGGCACAGAUUGAGAAUUUGCGAUAAAAUAGGAGAGGGAAGCUUUGGAUUUGUUCAUUUAUGUGAGGCAAAGGGAAUUCACAGUCUGGAUUCGGGAACAAUGAGGAACAAACAGUUGGUUAUUGUGAGGUCACUGUGGCGAGGAGUUACGGAUUCACUCAAGAAGGAUUUUAUGAGGGAUAUGUGCAUUUUGGCUCAGAUUCGUGAUCCUAAUAUUGCAAGAAUUGUGGCACUUGUGGAAGAAGAGCCGUUUGGUGCGGUAUUUGAAUAUGGUGAGCAUGGAGAUUUACCGUAUUACAUUCGUAAUCAGGAGAAGUCAAACAACGAAGCUCCAUUGAGUUACAGUCGAUUGAUGAAAUUUAUCACUCAAAUUGCCACUGGCAUGAAGUACCUCGAGAGUUUGAACAUUGCUCAUUGUGACUUGGCAGCCAGAAACUGUGUAAUUACCAAGAAUUUAUCGAUCAAAGUGUCGGAUCAUGCUAUGUACAGCAGUAAAUACGACGGGGAAUAUUACGUUAAUGAGUGUUAUGCUAAGAUACCACUGCGAUGGAUGGCAUGGGAGGCUGUAUUACUGGGUAAACGGAGUUGUCAAGCGGACGUAUGGUCUUAUGCAACGACAGUGUGGGAGAUAUUGACGUACUGCGAGGAUCUACCUUACUCAGAAAUGACAUCAGAGCAGGUAUUGGAAAACUGCGGUAAGUGCUAUCAUUCUGGUACAUCAGAAAAGACACGUAUACUGGAGCAACCGUCGUCAUGCCCCCGAGAGCUCUACAGAAUGAUGACAAAGUGUUGGAGCAAGCACGCUGAAUCGAGACCGACAUUCAAGGAUAUUUACAUGUUCCUCAAGAGAAUGAAUCUCGAGUAGAAAUAGUGAAUGGUAGAGGGUCGUUAAAUCAUCGACAUGUGUGCAAGGACCAAAUAAUGAAAACACAAUCAGCUAUGAUGCAUUCUCCUCCGAUCAAUGAUACGAAAUAAAUGGUUACGCCCGAGGAAGUGCUCUGGCCACCUAACUUAUGCUCAACUAGGUUUAUCUUCAAUCUUCUAAGUAUCAUAAUCGUAAUUUUAAUCACAAAUGGAGAUAUAUCAUUAUAAGGUAUAUAAGAGUUUUUAUAAUCGGUGUCAAGCUAAUUCCUUCGAGUUACACGAGAAAAAAUAUGUGCGGAAAAUGGAAAAAAAAAUGACAAUUACCUGCGCUGUAUCUUUGUGCAUUUCCUACUAGAGGCAUCUUAGAAACAGUUGAUAUUAUAGCAUUCAAGAGAAUUAUUUAUAAGAUUGCCAGCAACGACGAAUUAAUGAUUAAGCACUUGCUUUAUUUGACAAAGUGAGAAUGAAUGAGUUGAUCAGGUUGCGUCCACAUAUCGGUAGUUAAUCUUUAUCGCAAUAAGCAAUUGACGCACUUGUGGAAUUUUCAGGAUGGAUAUGUAAUUUUAAGAUGAAAAAAGUUCAUGAUGUAGGAGUUGAAGAGAAUAAGAGAGCUGUAUUUUAAGGCAUUAUGUAUAUGAUAUAGGAGUGGAAAUUUUCCUUGUAAAUUGUUCGAGUACAUAAUCCAUUCAUCACGCUUUUAUCGAUUUCAAUCGAUGAGUUAAAUGGCCAGAAAUGCGAGCCUUGCUCGAUAGUUUUCCCAACCAUAGUUCAACCAAGAAUAAUGUACGUUUGUGUUACCUGAAUAAAACAAUCAGCUGUUGUUGAAUCAACGUGUAAGAGACAAUUGAGGACAUGCUCCACUGAUAAGAAUGAUGCAAUCAGCAGAUUGUGAUAAGAGUGCAUGUAAAACGGUAGAUUAUUUUUUUUUUUCACUCGUAAAAAUUUGACGUGUGACUUCUGCAAGGAUAUAAAUCAAUUAAAAGAAAAUGGUAAUUUUUCGAUAAAAAUGGGGAUGAACUUGAUGUCACAGAAUUAAUAUCGUCAAUUUAGUUUUACGGUAAUAAUGAUAAUUUACCGGAAUGACAAUUAAAUGACAAUCAAUUUUUGGGGGCGAGUUAUAUCGAUAAAAAAUAAAUGGAGAAUUAAAAAAAAAAACAAAUAUCACUCAAUUUUAGCACUUAAAAAAUCUAUUCAAGUGAGGUUGUUUGUUAUCGCAGUAUUUGCUUUGUUAUUACUGAAAAAAAAAACCAUGAAAAAAAUCUGAAAAAAAGUGAAAAACACAUUUAUUUGUAGUCUGUACAUAUUAACGACUCCGGCAGUAUUCAAUGAUGAGUUAAAAUUCACAAAAAAAAGCAUGGAAUGUUUGAAAUGCACCGAAAACCCACCAUAGACCGCAAUUUUCCAAAGUAGUCUAUAGAUUUUAUCAACCUACC